AUGGAGAUAGAAAGCUUAGUAGGAGCUAUCGAAAAACAUCAGAAAGUAAAUGGCGGUGAAGUAUUGGAUCAUACAGCAGUUGAUGAUGGGAAUAAUAAUGAAAUGAAGGUUGGUAAAUCUGACAUUGAAGAAGGCAAUGUUGCUGCAGAGAAUGAAAAAUUGGAAAAAUUCGCUAAAAAAGAAAAAGAAGAUCCAGAUAUGAAAAAAAGGCGUGUGUCGCGAUCAGAAUCGCGUUCUCCCACAAAACGCCGACGUCAUCGUCGUCGUCGCUCUUCAACCUCUGGCACGCAUUCAGCUUCAUCUAAGUCACCCUCACGGAGUCAAACGAAAUCACAUUCUCGUUCUCGGUCACCGAAGCGUGCUAAUUCACGAUCACGCUCUCGUUCACGUCACAAAUCAUCCAAGAAAAAAGCACGUCGUAUUUCCCAUUCAUACACUCGUAGUCGUAGCCCAGUACGCCGUCGAAAGGCAUCUCGCAGUCAAAGUCCAAGACAUCGUGUUUCUCGAAGUUCGUCAUCUUCAAGUCGGGAUACUUAUGGUUCUUUCAAAGCUAUGAGUCUCAGUAUUUAUUAUUAUUAUUAUCAUUAUUAUGAUUGUUCCUCGUCACACCCAUCCCAACGGGCUUAUGAUGAUGGCAGCGGAUACAAACAUAUUGGUGCAAUCAUUAUUCUUAUUAUUGUUCUCAUUAUGAUUGAAAUUAUGCGCAGCCCAGCACGUCCAGUUUACGAUUAUCCGUGUCGCAAAUGUGGUCGUGAUUUUGAAACGAUUCGGGAACUCUGCGAACAUGAAAUCCGCGCUCAUGGUGCUUGUUUUCCAUGCCCGCAUUGUGAGAAGCAAGCAUCAAGUGUGCAGAAACUUUGUGAACAUAUGAAGCGCCGUCACUCUGAUUAUCGUUUGUUGUGCGAUUUCUGCAAAGAUGAUUUUGGUGGAAAAGUUAGCAGCGCAAAGGAUUCAAAUUGGGAAGACUUUCGAGACCACAUUUACAAGGAAUGUUUGAAAGAGAAAAUUUAUCUUGCUGAUCGUCAAAGAGGUCGUUCAGCUGGGAUUGCACAGCGUGGUAGAGGUAGAUGUCCACAUGGACCACCGGUAAAGUGUAAGAACUUCCCGAAUUGUCCAGGCGAGAAAUGUUAUUACUUUCAUGGUUACUGUCGUUAUGACAAACUAUGUGUCAAAAAAGAAUGUCCAUUUGAUCAUACGGAUCGUCCUCGUAUUUGUCUGUCGUGUCUCAGAGAUUACAAGGCAUAA